CCGACACUCACACUUAAAUACUCCUCUCCAAUGUUCAUCGUACAAACCAUAAAAAGAAAAAUCUAUCAGUUUGUAGUAAAAAUCUUGUGGUCUAUCAAUGGAGGACAUUCAAACACAUCAACACCACCACCACCAACUUCAUGUAUUUUUCCUCCCCUUAAUGGCUCAAGGUCAUCUAAUACCAGCCAUUGACAUGGCUAAGCUUUUUGCUUCUCGUGGUCAAAGAUCAACCAUUAUCAUAACACCACACUUCCUACCUUUUCUCUCCAAAUCAAUAAAUCAAAACACUGAUUCAGCCACCCAAAUUGAUGUUCUCACCAUUAACAUUCCAACUUAUGAGGUUGGACUCCCAGAAGGAAUCGAAAGCUUACACAUGGCUACAACACCUGAGAUGGUUUCAAAGUUUUUUCAAGCUCUUCCAAUGCUUGGACCACAAAUAGAACAACUUAUAAAACGACACCGUCCAGAUGGGCUAAUAGCUGAUAUGUUAUUUCCUUGGGCUACUGAUGUUGCUGCAAAGUUUGGUAUUCCAAGGUUUAUGUUUCAUGGGACUUGUUAUUUUUCUCUUUGUGCUUGUACUAGUAUGAUACGGUAUGAGCCUCAUACCAAAGUAUCCUCUGAAUACGAAACAUUCAUUAUUCCGAAUUUGCCAGAUAAGAUCGAAUUCACAGCAAGCAGGGUAGCUGAUUUUUAUAAAGAAGAUGUGGAACCCGAAUUCAUAAAGCUCUUUAAGGAUAUACAUGAAGAUGAAAUGAGGUGCAAUGGGGUUCUUGUUAAUAGCUUCUAUGAGCUAGAACCUGCUUAUGCAGAUCAUUAUAACAACGUUUUAGGCAUCAAGUCAUGGCACAUUGGUCCCUUGUUCUUAAACAGUAAAGGAAUGAAUCCUGGGGAAACAGGGAAUAGAGGAAUGGAAUCCUCCAUUGAUAAACAAGUUUGGUUAAAGUGGCUUGAUUCCAAGAAACCCAAUUCAGUUAUUUACGUAUGUUUUGGGAGUUUGACAACGUUCGAAGACAAACAACUCAUGGAGAUAGCAAUGGCUUUAGAGGGUUCAGGGCAGGAAUUCAUUUGGGUUGUGAGAAAAGAAAAACAAGAAGGGAUUAAAGAAGAGUGGUUACCAGAAGGAUUUGAGGAAAGAAUGGAAGGAAAAGGACUUAUAAUAAGAGGAUGGGCACCACAAGUUUUGAUUCUUGGUCAUGAAGCGGUUGGAGGAUUUGUAACUCAUUGUGGUUGGAACUCGAUUCUUGAAGGAGUGUGUGCAGGGCUGCCGAUGGUGGCAUGGCCUGUUUCAGCAGAGCAGUUCUACAACGAGAAGUUGGUGACUCAAAUUCUUGGGAUCGGGGUUGGAGUUGGUGUUAAUAAAUGGUCGAGAUGUGGGGGCGAUUUUGUCAAGAGGGAAAAGUUAGAGAAUGCGUUGAGAAGGGUUAUGAAGGGAGAAGAAGCCGAAGAAAUGAGAAGUAAAGCAAAAGGAUUAGCUCAAAUGGCCAAAAGAGCAAUAGAAGAAGGUGGCUCCUCUUAUAUGGAUUUGGAGGCCUUUUUUGAUGAGCUGAGAUUGGCUCUACUCUCUCGUGAAAUUUCAAAGUGUUGCUAGUUUCAUUUCUCUGUUCUGUUGUUUAUUUUUUGCUAGAAAAGUUGUAAAAGCCUGCUUUUGACUAAGUCUCAGUUACUAGAAAAGUCGUAGAAGUGUGUCAAUUGUAGUUAAUUAGGUAGAAUGAGAUGAAGUUCCAAAGUACAUGUUGGAAAUAUGUCAUUUUUCUAUAUGUUCAUAAUAUUUGAAAUGUAUUUUGUUUGAGAACUGUUCUUGUGUA